UUUUAAUCGUAUUGUCUUUUUUAUCUAUUUAUUUUUAUUAUAUUAUUUUUCGAUAUUUUACAUCUUAUAUUUUACAUUUUACACAUCACUUCCUAUCGCAAAUGUUCGUGUUUAAGUCUGACUCUCACCGUCAGAUGUUUUGCAAUAUGCUUAAAUUACAAAUAAAAUCUAAUAUUUUAAAGAGAUUCGGCGGUCUUGGCCAAGAAGAAUCUAGAAUACUGAGGUCAAAAUCCUUUAAAGAGUUUCUCAAUGUGUGGUCCAACUCGAUCAUAAACAAACUUCCAAAAGAUCUAGAAUCGCAACCUAAGUAUGUAACAUCCCAGAUAAAUCAUGUUUCUGAGGAAAUUCUGGGUCUUUCAUCAGUAAAGGAUAUGAUUGAUAAGGACAAAUCUAUUAAAUGGCUCAUAGACAGGAUAAACAGUGAUUCAGACGAUGUUCCACGUCCUUAUUUCCCCUCCGUGUUAAGGAACUCCAUGAUUCAGUUCCCCUUCAAACAGUUUGAUAUUCAGAAAUCCAGAGAUUUAUACGGCCUUCUCAAAUUCCCCUUUUACAAACUUUCUGCCAGUGUUUAUCCGGACUCUUCUGAGUCUUUCAAAGGUUUGAUUGAACCCAAAACUUCAAGUUCACCACCUGAAGAGGAUGAUGAACAUGGCGGAUCGCGUACUAAAUCCAAUUUUGGAACCAAAAACUCACAGGAUGAAGCUCAGUUUUCUUCAUCUAACUAUAUUUACUCACCCAGUGAGCUUGAAACUGGCUUAAGGCAAUAAUAUUAUCUAGUGC